AUGAUCACCGGAGUGGAGGACCCAUCGGUGUGCUCCUUGCGUUGUCGCGAAUUGAAGGGGGAGCACAAGGGAUCAAAAGAAGCAACCACACCCCCAUUAAAGGCCACGGUUUCAUCGCGGUCGGGAUCUAUUGACACCUCUCCGUCCGAUUACUUCGCUAUACCUUCGUUAUCGCUCGCUAGCCUCAUUCGGACCCGGUCGAUCCGACGCCGUUCGGUCUGCCUCAACGCGGUUGAAGAGCAGUUCCCCAAGCAAACCCGUCGCGGUUCCAUCCUCAAAAAGCUGGCGGGCCCACGUGAAAACGCGAAGCGAUUCCUUCGCUUACGGUCGUCGGGAAUUCAGUCCCCCGCGCCCCCGCGACGUAUAAAUCCGCGCUGUAGCGGUGCUGGUGGCCCUCGGCCGGUUUCCGAGAUCAUUGUCUCUUCCGAGGGGCCACACCACGUUCCCGAAGAGACCGAGAGGAGGGAUAUGAACACAGAGUCCCCGAUGGCGACGGAGCUCCUGCCCCGGCCGGUGGCUGACGCUGCCAGCACAGUGCCCCAGCUGAGCACGCCGUUCCCACCGCUUCGUAAUGAGAAGAUCGUCGCAACGGGGAGCGGACUGACCGUCGGCAUUGCCUUGACAGAACCGGUUCUUUAUCUGCAGGGUUACGACCAACAUGACCCGAGCUCGAAGAAAUCGGCGAUUCUACGGGGUCAAAUACACCUCAAAGUCACCAAGAGUGUUAAGAUCAAGAAGAUCUCGAUACAGUUCCGCGGCCACGCCCAAACUGACUGGCCCGAUGGCAUCCCGCCCAAGAAGAUUCAUUUCCACGAUAAAAAAGAUCUUUUCACCCACGGUGUUGUAUAUUUCAACCAUGGUGAUACGGCCUUGAUGCAGAAUGAUUAUGGCGCACAUUACUACCAGCAUGCCAAACCUAUUUCCCCGGCCCGGGGAAGGACGUUGUAUCCGCAACGACCCGCGAACUCUUCUCCAAGAGCGGCUCUACCACCAACCUUGGCCCGACCACCGCACGAGACCCUAAGCACUACCCGUGGUCAUUCGCGAAGCUUUAGUCGAAACGAUACUCCGCCGAGUCUUCAAGCUCAGCAACAGCGCAACUACCGAAUGUUCCCUGUUGGCGAUUAUCUAUAUAGUUUUGAGUUCCCAAUCGACGGCUCUCUCCCGGAAACGAUCAAAACCGACUUGGGAUUCGUGAAAUACGAUUUGGAGGCGAUUGUCGAGCGAUCCGGCGCAUUCCGGCCUAACCUGCUCGGCACGAUGGAGAUUCCCGUCAUCCGCACCCCAGCCGAAGGGUCAUUGGAACAGGUCGAACCGAUUGCGAUUUCGCGAAAUUGGGAGGACCAACUUCAUUAUGAUAUUGUAAUAUCCGGGAAAUCUUUCCCUCUGGGGUCUCAAAUCCCCGUCGCGUUCAAACUGACGCCGCUCGCAAAAGUGGAAUGCCAUCGAAUCAAGGUCUAUGUGACUGAGAACAUCCAACAUUGGACCGCAGACAAGAGCGUGCAUCGACUACAGCCCGCGAAGAAGGUUCUCCUGUUCGAAAAGCGCGCCGAAUCCGCCAGUACCAGUACCUACCCCGGUAGCUCGAUGCGUGUCACGGCAGGUGGUGGUAUUGACUGGGAUCACCGUGCGGCCGCGGCUCGAGGAGAGGAAAUCGUGGAUCGGUCCCGAACAAACUUGCUGGGUAAUCUCUCGAGUGAAAGUGGUGUUGGGCCCACGGAAAUGGAAUUCAGUGUUCAAUUACCGAGCUGCCACGAAAUGAGGAAUCGAGAUGAAGCGCAGCGUCUGCACUUUGACACGACCUACGAGAACAUUCAAAUCAAUCAUUGGAUCAAGAUUGUUCUUCGUCUCUCAAAGGUCGACGAGAGAGAUCCUACAAAACGCAGACAUUUUGAAAUUUCCAUUGAUUCGCCCUUCCACAUUCUCUCUUGCAAGGCUACUCAGGCAAAUAUUUACCUCCCGGCAUAUACGAAUCCAGCGGCCGAACCAGAACCACCCGCACAGGAGUUUGAAUGCGGCUGCCCCGGAGCACCCCUGGCAACACGAGAAUACACCGCAGGUCAAUCCGGUUCCGAUCGGGAAGAUUCUUCUACGAAUCCCAACCUCGGUCGGCGCGCCUCGAUUGGCCCAGGCCGUGCUGUUUCUCGAAGCUUUACGAAUGGUUCUGGUGGUCUCGCCCGUCCACCCCAGGCUCACUUGGCUCGCGAGCCUAACAAUGAGCGCGAGCCACCCAACCCCAACCCCCGUCCCAUGCAUCUUCUCCGAACGCCCUCGUUUGCUCCUCCGGCCUUUGAAGACGUUCCUCCACCGCCACCUCUCUACACCACGAUUGUUGGAAAUGCUGAGCGCGAGGCCGUGCUGGAGGACUACUUCUCCCGGCUUUCAUUCUACGAGGACCAAGAUGACGACGAUCGAGGCCGAGGCCGUGUCGACGUGCCUCUCACCCCGGGCGGACGUGUCAAUCGCAGCAUGGAUGUACCACGGGAAUGGGUGCGACUGGACGAUUUCACCGCGUCAUGA